GACAACAACCCAGCACCAAACCCACUAACCAAGGUUUCUUAUUCACAGUAUAAAUAAAACUCUUCCUAUAGUCAUCAACUUCAUUGAUUAACAUUCAGCAUUCACACUUAGAAGGUGACGUGAUCAUCACUCUGAUAGAAACCAUGGUGAAUCUCGUGGAAGCACAAAAACCAUUGAUGCAUGCUCUGAUGAAAAUGGCAGGAAUAAGACCCUACACAGUAGAGAUAGAACCAGGAACCGAAAUGAGUUUCUGGGUACCUUCAGAAACCAUAACAAAACCCAAGAAAAAAGAAGAAAAACCCUUAAUCAUCGCGAAACCCACCAAACCCGUGGUUGUCCUAGUCCACGGUUUCGCCGCAGAGGGAAUAGUCACAUGGCAGUUUCAAGUUGGCGCGUUAACAAAAAAGUACGCUGUCUAUGUUCCGGAUCUUCUGUUCUUCGGAGGCUCUGUCACAGACAAAACAGACAGAUCGCCGAGGUUUCAAGCGGAGUGUUUGGCGACAGCGUUGAGGAAACUCGGUGUUGAAAGGUGUAUCGUUGUUGGUUUUAGUUAUGGUGGAAUGGUGGCGUUUAAGAUGGCGGAGAUGUAUCCGGAACUGGUUGAGGCUAUGGUUAUAUCAGGGUCUAUUUUGGCUAUGACUGAUUCCGUUAUUGUUAGUAGUUUGCAAGAACUUGGAUUUUCUUCUUCUUCUGAACUUCUGUUGCCGAAUUCUGUGAAAGGUCUUAAAACGCUUUUGUCUGUUGCUGCUUAUAAAAAGCUUUGGUUUCCAGAUCGUUUGCACAGAGAUUAUCUUCAGGUGAUGUUCACUAAUAGGAAGGAGCGAAGUGAGCUAUUAGAGGGCUUAGUAAUUAGCAAUAAAGAAAAUAACAUUCCAAGCUUCUCACAGAGGAUACAUCUUCUAUGGGGUGAAAAUGAUCAAAUUUUCAAAUUGGAACUUGCUCAAAAUAUGAAAGAGCAACUAGGAGAUGGCACAACGUUUGAAGGCAUAAAGAAAGCUGGUCAUCUUGUUCAUUUGGAGAGACCAUGUGUCUACAAUAGAUGCCUCAAGCACUUUAUUGCUUCCUACUUGGCGUCAAAUAAAACCAAAUAAUAAUUACUCAAUUGUUACUUCUUCAACUCUUAUAACUAGCUCUGAUGACGAUUAACCCUGGUGCAAAAUUCACAGUAACAAGGUUCGAAGGGACGAUUAGUUUUGAAUUAUGGCAUAUGAGGGCUAAGGAUUUGUUGUCUCGGCAAAGUUUACAAAAGGUGUUGUGUGAGAUGAAACCAAACGACAUGGAGGAUACAGAUUGGGAAGAGAUGAAGGGGAAGGUUGUAGGAUUGAUUCGUCAAUGUGUUUUAGACGAGAUGAUGUAUUAUAUCCUGGACCUGACAACUCCAAAAGAGGUCUGACACAAAUUGGAGAGUCAAUAUCUAACAAAGACGUAGAUGAACAAAUAGUUCACAAAGCAACGACUGUAUAGUACGUACGAAGAGAAGACAAUUCUCUUGCUCUACUCGUUACAAAGUUCUUAGGAUUGCAUGCUUAGAUUUAAUGUUUCUUCACUACAACAAAUAACGUUUUUUAUGACGAAGUUUUCACCAUGUACAAUAAAAAAUCGCGGGUACAUGUGAU